AUGGGUUCAUCUAGUAAAGGAAAGAGAAAGGUCACUGCAUCAACAGGUAUACGUGCUCUUUUUAAAGGUGGACGUGAUACUUCUCAAUCAACCAUUAAAACUUGUUUGCAAAGUAAGGAAAAAUGGACAAAUACGGACGUAGCUAUUGCUUUUUGGUUUUAUGAUGCUUGCAUUCCUAUAAAUGCUGUUAAUUCUCCAUUUUUUCAAAAAGUUAUUGAUCAAAUAGCAUCAAUGGGUAAUGGUUACAAAGGCCCCUCCUAUCAUUCUUUGAGAGUUAACUUGUUGCGAAAUGCCAAGAGAGAUGUGAAAUUAGUUGUUGAUUCUUUUAUAAGUACUUGGGCAGAAACUGGUUGCACUAUAAUGGGUGAUGGAUGGAAAGACACUAGACAAAGACCAUUGAUUAAUUUUUUGAUUUAUUGUCCUAAGGGUAUUUCGUUGAUUAAAUCUGUGGAUGCAUAUGAUAUUGUAACAAGUGCAGAAAAUUUGUGCAAUUUAUUUGCUGAAAUUGUUGAGAUGGCUGGCUCAAAUAAUGUGGUGCACUUAGUUACUGAUAAUGCUAGCAAUUAUAAAGCUGCUGGGUCUUUGUUAAGUGAAAGAUAUCCGAACAUUUGUUGGUCACUGUGUGCUGCACACUGCAUCAAUUUGAUUUUGAAAGACAUUGGUGAAAUGAAUGAUGUAAAAGCUAUAGUGUCUCUUGCUUCAACGGUGACUGUUUUUUAUCUACAAUCAUAA